AUGGAGAAUGAAAAGGGUAUUCAUGUUAUUCCUUUCAAAGACAUACUGGUUAUGUCGCCAGGCCCAGCGCCUAUCUACGGAAUUUUAUGCGAUCAGACUGUUGAAGCUGGUGCUGGGACACUGUUGUCCUCGUACACUAGACGGAUUAUGGAAACCAUCAGGAAGGGGUGGCGUAAUUUGUACAUGAAAGCCCUCGUGACUACACAGUUUAAGAGCCCUGACUCUCUUGUUGCGGUUUGCUUGAAGUAUGGUGAGUUACAAGUACAGAUGACACUUAAACUUGGGAGAGAUUAUGACACAAGGGAUGCAGAUAUCAGAGAUGAAAAAUCUGAUCACAGAGGUUCUGCCAGUCAGUUGGAACUAGCUAGUGAUAGUGGUAGUGAUGAUGAAGACAUGAAGAAAAUAUUGAAGCAAUCAGAAAAAAAAUCCACUUUUGAAAAAAAACAAGAAAAGUUUUUGACAGAAUUAACAGAGAAUUUUUUUAGAACUCAAAAUGAAGUGGCCAGAAACUUCAAAUCUUUAACUAAGUCUUUAUAUGACUUUACUAAACAAGAAGAGAGACUGUUACCUGAAUCAGAGGCUUUACCAGAACUUAUUAUCCAAAAUUUUGAUGAGGAGCAAAUUUGGCAAGAGCUUGAACUCCAGAAUAAAGCAUGUACUUCUCACCUUCUACCUAAAGUAACUAAAUCGUUGUUGAACUCUGAUUGUUCUUUACUAGGUUUAACCAUCAGUUCCCCAAUACAAGAAUAUGAAGAUUCAAAUGUUAACUCAAGUGCUGAAGAAACUAAUGAUGAUUUAGAAAUUUCAGGAUAUAUUAAAAAUUCCAAUUCUGCAAAAAAUGAAAAUUUAAAAGAAAAGAAGGUUCAGCCACAAACAAAACUAAAAAAGAAAACUUCACUAGUAGAUGAUAAGUUCUUCAAAUUGGCUGAACUGGAUGAGUUUUUAAAGCAAGAAGAUCUUCGUGAAAACAAACAAAAAAAAAACCUAUCUGAAUCUUCUGACUCAGAUUCUGAGGAUAUUGAUUUAUUUGCUGAAAUCCCAUCUGAUAGUGAACUCGGUGCUGAAGAUUCUGAUGGAGUUAGUAAUAGCAAAGAUGAAAUUUCAUCAACAAAGGGACACCAUAUAGUUCAGGUAUAUGGCUAUGGGAGAGUUUUAAUUCCAUUAGCACUUUCUUCCCGUAGAUAUCUUAAGUAUCUUUUUGGCUUCUUCUUCAAGCGUUUUGGUUGGAUUUUUGUUUAA